CCCGGAUAAAUAAAAGUGGAAAGCUAUGCAAUUCAUCUGAUGAUCCAGUGGUGGUAACAGUUAAUUUUCUUUUACAUUUUGUGGGAGGAUUAAUUGUUUAAAAAAAUAUGAUUUUAUUUGCUUUUUUUGAAUAAUGGUAGAUUCUGAAUGGUGUAUUUGGUUGAGAUGCAUUACAUACCUUUCUACAGUUAACUAGAGAAUAUUACUAAAAGAUAUAGUUCCUCAUAUAUUUCGCGAAUCUGGAUUUGUGAAUGAUGAGUUGGGUUUCAGACAUAGUAGUAUUCCACGUUUUAUCUAAAUUUUGGAGAUAUUUUGUGUGUGAUUAAUAACUGCUUCAUCAAUUGGUAAAGGAAGAGCAGAGUGGUAUGCUACAGUUCAGUGGUAAUAAAGAAAGGAGGAGAAAGAUGGAAUGGAAUGGGAGUGAGUAGAAGUGAUAUUAAAUAGCCAAAGGGAGAGCAAAAUUUUUUGUUUUUUUUGGUAAAGGGAGAGUAGCAUUGGCAGCAUAUUUUGGCCAAUGGAGAGCAGUAUACACAACAUUUUUUAUUUAUAGAAGAGAGGCAGUCAUGACUCCACAGUUUUUAGGCAUUGAUUUGUAUGGGGUUACUGAUGGUUUUUAGGCAAUGGAGUGAGCUAGGCUAAGUAAUUGGGCUUUGAAGGAAAAAAAUGGGCUUAAAUUCUGGGAUUAUAUUGUGACUGCCAAGCUUUUAAAUUGGUAUAAAACAAGUUCAAUUAAAUCUUAUAGGAUAAAAGUUUCUUAACUUAACUGUUGCAUUGACUUUGUUUAAAAACAAUAAAGUUACAUUAGUACUUCAAUGCUUUUCUCUCUGUUUUUCUUAUAUUUGCAGAGAUUUUCAUUUAUGAAGUAAUAUUUAGACUGAAAAUAGUGGAAGCACAAGAUUUGAAUGUGCAUUUGGUUUGGGUUUUGUUGAAAGUUGAAUUGAAUAAUGAAGGUAGAAGAGUUUGUUUAGAGUUAUCUCAUAUAUAAUAGAGCAAAUUAUAAUUAGUGUAGCUCUCUGCAGAAUUAAAUGAAGUCAAAGGGGAGUAAUGAGAUGAAACAAUGAUAAUAUGAAAAGUUCUGGUUUUGUUCUUUCUUCAAUCAAAAAAUAAAGGAUGGGAGGUUGUCACGUUUUCAUAUGUUUUACUAGUCUUAAUAAUGAUUUAUAAUAUGCUUCUUUUAUAUUUUCUUCGAACCAAUUUCAGUUUGCAGUUCAAUUAGUGGAAUGAACGAAAGAGGGGUUCUUUCCUUUUUACUAUAUUAUUAUUAUAAUUAGAAUUACUACAUAAUUUAAAACAGCUUUUUGUUCCCCUGAAUUUUCCUUCUUUGACUUGAACGUGAUAUAAAAAUACUUCCAUCAAUUUAUUCUUAUUAUUAGCUGAAGCCAUUAUUGACGAGAACAGGGCCUAAAUUUAUGAGACCUCUAUGUCAACAUGCAAAUAUGGGAGACUGUAACAUAAAUGACAAACUGUGCAACAUUUCAACUAGGGCUGGGCAAAAGUGACUUUUGAUGAUGAUAAAUCAAAAGCAGUGGAUUUCAAUAUUAUCCACCAUCUAAUCCUGAUUUCCAAGCUAUUGAAGAAGAAAAUCCUCCACUGUUAUUGAAGAGCCACGUGUUGUUAACCGGUCUCCUAUUAAUUUGGAUGAUUGAAGAUCAAGAAAGAAGCACUGAUCACAUAAACCAAGUAUAUAUGUUCUGGAUUCCCUUGGGCUGGGGUACUGGUUCCAAGUAUCUCGGACAUAGACACAAGAUUAAAGCUGGCUCUGGCAGUGUCAAAGGCUCGUUACUUUUGAAGACUCGCCGCCCUUGAAGUCUUGUUGCCGUACAAGGCUCUCGUCGUCGAAGACUCACCGCGGUAGAAGGCUCGCUGCUGUCGGAGGCUUUGCCGCACUCGUCGCCAAACUACGAAAGGCUUUGCCGCACUCUGCCGUCGCUGAACUGUUACCACCAUCGGAAGUUGUGAGAACACUUCUCCUGGACAGAGAAGCAAAGGCAAAUCAUUCUCCAAAGGUGACUUUUGAUGAUGAUAAAUCAAAAACAGUGGAUUUCAAUAUUAUCCACCAUCUAAUCCUGAUUUCCAAGUUAUUGAAGAAGAAAAUCCUCCACUGUUAUUGAAGAGCCACGUACAGUGCAGAUAGUGCAGUUUGCCCACCCCUUUAAGUUUAGGAGACAUGGCGUUCAACGUCGGCGGAGGAGCUAUCAACUGGUUCCCUGGCCACAUGGCCGCCGCCAGACGCGCCAUCCGUCAACGUCUCAAACUCUCCGACCUAGUCAUCGAAGUCCGAGAUGCUCGACUUCCUCUCUCCUCUGCCAACGUCGAUCUCCAGCCCCACCUCUCCACUAAACGACGCGUCGUGGCACUCAAUAAAAAAGACCUUGCCAACCCUAACAUCAUGCAUAAAUGGACGCAUUAUUUCGAAACGUGCAAGCAGGAUUGCAUUGCAAUAAACGCUCACAGUCAGAGUUCUGUGAGGAAGCUUCUAGAGCUGGUGGAGUUCAAGCUGAAAGAAGUCAUUUGCCGGGAACCGACACUACUUGUGAUGGUGGUCGGUGUUCCCAAUGUUGGCAAGUCUGCUUUGAUUAACUCCAUUCAUCAGAUUGCAAAGUCUCGCUUUACAGCGCAAGAGAAGAUGAAGCGUGCUGCUGUGGGUCCGUUACCUGGUGUUACUCAAGACAUAGCAGGAUUUAAGAUAGCACAUAAACCAAGUAUAUAUGUCCUGGAUUCCCCUGGGGUAUUGGUUCCGAGUAUCUCGGACAUAGAGACAGGGUUAAAGCUGGCUCUGGCAGGGUCAGUCAAAGAUUCAAUAGUGGGUGAGGAGCGUAUUGCGCAGUACUUAUUGGCAGUUUUGGAUACUCGGGGGACUCCAUUUCACUGGAAGCACCUAAAUAAUAGGAGACUGGAUGGGAUUGAAUACGAAGCGGAGGUGAAUCAUGAAUAUAGUCUGAAAAAUCUUAAGCCAAAGAGAAGAAAUCCGCCAAAUAGAUCUGAUUUGGUGUAUGUUGAGGAUCUUGUAAUGGGAGUUCAGCAUGCGCUCUAUUCAACUCUAACAGAAUUCAAUGGGAAUGUGGAAGACGAGAAUGACCUGGAGUGCCUUAUUGACCUGCAAUUUAGUGCACUCCAAAAGGCAAUGAAGAUACCUCACAAGGCUUCAGAAGCACGGUUAAUGGUAUCCAAGAAGUUACUUGCUCUAUUCAGGACAGGUAAGCUUGGUCCUUUCAUUCUUGAUGAUGUCCCAAAGGUCAAGCCUGCAACAUAAUGUCAAUUGAAUCUUUCUACCCACCUCUCUUUUUCUGUGUAUUAGAUCUCCUACCUUUACUCCUUCCCCAUUUCUGCUAUAUGUAUUAUCUUUCAUUCUAAGUUUUGCUGUAACUUGUAAGUAAGGAUUAAUUUAAUUUAGGAAGAUAUUGAGAUUAUUUUCAGUAAAUGCGGGUAAUUUGCCAGCAUUUCAGUUCUUAAUAUUUUCGUUCCCCCAAAAA